AAAGAGACGCUAGGGAGGAAGGAAGGUAGAGAUACAAGUGCGAGAACACGGAAAGGAGGAGGAUGGGCGUAAAAUCGGUCCCGAGAGGCUUCCCCGUGUGGAAAACGCUUCUCGGUCGUUGUUGAGCGACGUGCGCGAAUCCCGAGUGUCGUCGGGAAAGCAAGGCACAGAGAAAAAAAGAGAAAGAAGAGUCGAGUCGAAUCGCGGGACGACGAAAGUUGACGACGACGCCGACGACGACGACGACGGCGGUGGCGGCGACGACGACAAUAACGAUCCAUCAUGGGGGUCUCGGUGUUCCUGCUGUACGCGGUGACGGUGCUCGGCGUAGCAGCCAGCGACAAUUGCGCCGACAAGUGUUCAUGCAAGUGGAAGAGCGGGAAGCGCACGGUGGAGUGCGUGAAUCGCGACCUGACCAGCAUACCGGAGUGGAUCGAUCCGGAGACUCAGGUGCUGGACAUGAGCGGCAACAACAUUCGCCACCUGCCGAACAACAUAUUUAUACACGUGCAGCUGACGAAUCUGCAACGUCUCUACCUGCGUGAAUGCCGUAUCGACCGGAUCGACAGUAAGGCACUGGCCGGUCUGACGAAUCUCGUCGAGCUCGAUCUCAGCAGCAAUAUGCUGGCCACGGUGCCGAGUUCGAGCUUCACCGACACGCCAUUUCUGCGCGAUCUGGUGCUCGCGUACAAUCCGCUCAAGCGGAUCCGCUCGCACGCGUUCAAGAGCACGCCGAAUCUCGUAAAGCUCGAUCUGUCGCGCACGCAGCUCGCCGAGAUCGAGGCCAAGGGCUUCCGCGGACUGGAAAUGCUCGAGAGUCUCAAGCUGAGCAACAAUGGACUGGCUACCCUUCAUCCAGGUACCUUCGAGCCGCUCAACAAGCUCACCAGCAUCGAGCUGCACGACAACCCGUGGAUCUGCGAUUGCCAUCUACGCGAGAUGAAGAUGUGGCUGGUGAAGCAUAAUCUGCCGACCAUCGUGGCGCCCGUGUGCCACGGGCCCCAGCAGUUGGUCGAUCGUGCCUUCACCGACCUCGGUAUCGACGACUUCGCCUGCCGGCCGAUCCUGCUGAUAGCCAGUCGUUACGCCGAGGCCACUAUCGGCGAGAACGCCAGUAUCGUGUGUCGCGUGAGCGCGGUGCCACCCGCACAGGUAAAGUGGUAUUGGAACGGCCGGCUGCUGACCAAUCACUCGGCCUUCAGCAGCUAUCAAAAGAUUCUCAUCUUCGAGGAGGGUCAAUUCAGAAAGCGGAGCACCCUCAUUCUCACCAACGCGCAGGAGGCGGACUCCAGCGAGUUCUACUGCGUCGCCGAGAACCCGGCUGGCUGCGUCGAGGCGAAUUUCACUCUGCACGUGUCCCUAAGAACGGCGGGCAUGUCGACCUUAGGCUCGGGCCAAAUCGCGGGCAUAUCCGCCGCGUUGGUGGUGCUCAUACUCUUCAUCCUGCUCAUCAUCCUCGUGCUGUUCGUUCGCCUGCGUAGAAUGCCGCUGAAGGACGUGAAGUCGUCGGCGCCGAUGGAAGCGGCGUCCAGCGACGGUGUCGGCAACGGUGGCGGUGGCGGCGGUGGCGGCGGCGGUGGUGACAACAACCCGCCAUCCGCGACCUCGACCACUCGCAGGAAACACGAGGAGAUCGAGACGACGUCGUUUGCGCUGGAAUCGAAGCCACCCGCGUCGUUGCAUCUGAGCUACGUACAGAGACCGCACGCGGCCGUGGUGCAGCAGGAGAGCGAGUACAGCACGAUCAGCCGUUUCGACGACCAGAAUCAUCAGCCCGCGGUGGCGGCGAUACCGGGCGCCGGGUGUUUCUCGUCGACGGCAUCCUUGAUGCCGAUCGAUAAUCCGGAUCUCAUCAGGGACACCCGGCGCGGCUCCACCGAGGACAUCACGCCUUACGGCGUCGCCGAUUACGGCCGCGUCGAAGCGCUAGACGACGCCGGCAAGAUGCUCUACACCAGCUGCCUGUGGGAGGCCAGGGACAGCUGCGGCAGGACGUCCGCCGUCACGGUGAACGCGUACCCGUCGAAGGAGCAGCUCGCGGUGGUUGCGCCGGUGGUCGAGCAGUUUCCGCCCGGCGCGAAGCAGAUGAGAGUCUGGCAGAAGGGCGUCCCGGUGCUGCCGCCGGUCUCGGCGCUGAAGCGCGUCCUGGGAUCCACGCGCAGCUCGCCCGACGAGGGUUAUCAGGAGGGCACCGGCACCGACGUCUAGGUACCGCUACUUCAUUACUGCGACGCCCGGCACCGUUAUCUGGAGCUACGUAGACGGCACCAGGAGGACGACACCGACUGCUAAGAGAAGUACGAAGAAGAAAAAGAAGAAAACAAAAUUAAAGAGUCGUCCUCGCGAAUGCCGGACGGGCGGUAGUGAACAAGGAGUAAAAAUGUGUCGGACAAAUCUCGCGUUUAAGUGUGAUCGCGUCAGUGUUGACAAUGACCGAAAAAUAACGCGCCAUUAUUGUUGUGCUCGGACUACUCUUCGCCGCUGAACGAAAGCGUUUCGCGCUCACGAUCACGUUUACGUACAGUGAUGGAAGCUACGACAUUAUACAGUUUCACAUUCAACUAGAUACCAUCCAAGUCAGCAAGUGCGAUAGCACCCUGCCAUCGGGAAGGUAUGAUAUACAAUAGAGCCAUAGACAAGGCGCGAGCAACGCACAGCCCAUCUCUAAAGACUGCCAUAACUAAAAUAUCGCGAAUCGAAUUGCUAGGCGUAUGCAAGGAGCUCUCGAGAGGUCGACGAACGCGUGGAUCGUUAUACUGCAAGAGAUUGACAUCGCGGUUGCCGGAGGAUUGUCUACGUGCAUAACGUUUCGCUCGAAUGAACUGCACUCGCACGGUUGAUUGUGUUGAGGAUCAACGAUAACUGGGCUCUUUCGAAGAAGCACCCCCAUCCAUGCGUUCGUCGCGAAACGAACGCCUGUAAACGAGCGUUUAUAGUGGUGCGACUCUUUGACGCGAUCGAUGGCAAUUAGUGACACAGUUAGAGAUGUCUUGUGCGCGGUGCGUGUGGUGCAGCCGAUUGGCAGACAUUCGGAUUCCGUUUGUACGUGUCACGAGGGUUGCCUCCAGUGUUCGAUAUCGACAAUGUUAACUUGUACAGGAUGUUCCGAAAAAAAAAAAUGGUCAACGUCCGAAAGAUGACGACCGUCUGUCGUUGCGAGUGAAGCUCGUACAUGCUUUAAAUAACUCGGAAACUGCCCACGGAAGUUUGUAUUUAAGAGUACCCAGAUAUCGUGAUUUAUAAUAAGAUUUUACGAUUAGAACCUUCACAUAUGCAGAAACCAUACAUAUCCUCAAGUUCGCGGUAAUUUCGCGAGAAUCGCAACCGCAAACUCGUUCAGAAUCCAAAUUCAGAGAUAUGUGUUCAUUAAGAUUCUCUUAUACUCGCAACGAUUGACACUAUUAUCUUUCAAAAUAUUGGCCUUUCCUCUGGAAACAUUCUGUGUAACGCGGCAAUGAAAGAUCGGUCGAUCGCGUCAACCGCAAGGCGACGUCUCGCGCACACGGAGUGCAUAUAGGAAAUGCAUACACACACACAUACAUAUACACACACGACGUGCAUCAAGCCAGAGGGACGAGGAAGUGAUGACGAUACGCUACGCCGGCCACGUCAUUGUCUGGGCGGUCGUGCAGCACAAUAUCGACGGGUAAUACAUUUGUAUAACGGCUAAGCCAAAGCGAUUUGGGUCAGUUGGGAGACUUGAAAUCUCCCGGGUCAAAAAAAAAA